UCCAUCAUUUCCUAGUGUGCUCGUGCACCCCAUUUCUUUCUUAUUUUCUCUCUUUUUUCUACCUUCUUUUCUAUUUUGCUUUCUAAAUAAUUUUUAGGCUAUAUUGGCAAUGGCAACUGGGACAGGGUCAUCACCUUGUGGUGCAUGCAAAUUUCUACGGCGAAAAUGUGCUAUUGAUUGUAUUUUUGCACCUUAUUUUUGUACAGAAGAAGGUCCUGCUAAAUUUGCUGCAAUUCACAAAGUGUUUGGAGCAAGCAAUGUAUCUAAAUUGUUGUUGCAUGUUCCUGUUGCUGAUCGUUGUGAUGCUGUUGUCACUAUUGCUUAUGAAGCUCAAGCUAGGAUUAAAGAUCCUGUCUAUGGUUGUGUAGCCAACAUCUUCGAUUUGCAACAACAGGUAGCAUAUUUGCAGGCUCAACUAAUGCAAGUGAAGGCUCAGCUAGCUCAAAGCUUUAUCAAUUCAAGCAAUUCAAAUAUUCCUCAAUGGAGCAACAAUAAUAUGGAGUCAAUUAGUGGAUUAAUGACAUCGUCAUUACCAGCUAAUAAUCCAACUAAUUAUAAUUGUUUCAAGUCCAACUCAUCACCACAAAGCUCAUUGGAGUCUUCUGAUAAUUGCAGUGAUAUUGGGAUGAAUAUUCAAGAUAUACAAAGCCUAGACCAACUCUUGUAUCAAACAUAUACUAGUAGGAAUAUUGGCUUUUAGGAUUAUGCAAAAAAAAAUUAGUCCUUUUUUAUUUAAAAGUUGAUGGACAAAAUUACUUGGUACUUAUUAGUAGAUCGUACUAGCUUGUAUUUGGUGAAAUAUAGUUGAAGUGUGGGCAAUUUGGUCCGGCACCACCAUUAUACAGGGAAAAAAAUUACCCCAUCGUCAAUGUUUGUAUAUAGACUCUUUAGGAGAGAGAAAACCAAGACAAAGAAAAAGGAAAAAAGAAAAAGAAAUCCUUUGUUCUAUCUCAUAUUCUCAUGUUACCAAAACCAAGGGAUUUUUCCAUUUUGAA